AAUGAAUGAAAAAGUUUAGUAUUGGCUGGAGGUAGUGAGUGGCGCUGGAUGGCACCUCGACGCUGCCUCUCCUCUCACUCAUAUUCUUCACUUGCAUUAUAACUUCAUCACUCACCAGUGGGAAUAUAUGCGCGUGGGAGAGUCUAGGUAUACAUAUCUCCAGUGGAAAGUCCAAAGUCAUGAUGUCGGGUGGAGGAGGAGGGGACAGAUUUGGACCUGAACCUGGUCCUAUACCUCCUCGAUGGCUCCACUGUCCACGCAAAAGCACUUUGCUUAUUGGCGGUAAAUUUUUAGCUUUCAAAACUCCUCUGAGCUCAAAAUUUGAUGACCAGGUAUCUCCUGAGCAUAGGUUUUCUCCAGCAAUGCUCUUUUCCUCAAUGAAAAGUUACAAGGUGAAGAUUGGCUUAUGGAUAGAUCUCACCAAUACAACAAGGUUUUACGAUACUCAAGAUAUAGAAAAGGAAGGUGCACGCUACGUGAAGCUGAAAUGCAGAGGCCAUGGUGAAUGUCCGAACCAAGACCAGGUUAAUGCUUUUUCUGACAUCUGUGACAAGUUCAUCAGAAAAAAUCCACUUGAAAUCAUAGCGGUUCACUGUACUCAUGGCUUUAAUCGAACUGGGUUUUUGAUUUCUUCAUAUUUUAUUAUUAAAGAAGACUGGGGUGUUGAUCUUGCUAUUAAUAUGUUUGCAAAAGCAAGAGAGCCAGGGAUCUAUAAGGAAGAUUACAUCCGUGGACUUUACGAACUAUCUGGGGAUGAUCCUAAUGAAGCCCCACCUCCACCACAACUUCCAGACUGGUGUAAAGAAUUUGACGACAGUACUUUAGAUGAUGAUGGCAAUAAUGUGAGAGGCAACAAAAGACAGGAAAGAAACAAAAAAGAUCCGGCCUUUAUGGAGGGUAUUUCAGGUGUUACCCCAGUAACUCAGAAGGAGAAACUUGCAGAGAUUCAGAGAAAAAUACAAGAAAUGUGUGGAUGGACAAGCACUGGAUUUCCUGGGUGUCAGCCUGUUAGUAUGGACUUGGACAAUCUAACUUCUUUACGUGAUAAUCCUUAUAAAGUCUCGUGGAAAGCUGAUGGGACCAGAUAUAUGAUGCUUAUUGCCGGCCGGCGAGAAAUCUACUUAGCUGACCGUGACUACAGUAUAUUCCAGGCACCAGAGGUUGAAUUUCGGCAGAAACAUAAUCUGAUAGUUCACCUGUCUGAUACGUUAGUUGAUGGGGAAAUGGUAAUAGACACUGACCCAACAUCUGGUACCAAGUACCCACGAUAUUUGAUUUAUGAUGCUGUUAGAAUCUCUGGCAGAGACAUCAUGAAUGACACAUUCCAUAUGAGAUAUGAACGCAUAAUGACUGACAUCAUAAGCCCCAGAAAUGCUGCUAUAGAAAAGUCCAUUCUUAAUAAACAAAAGGAGCCAUUUGGAGUACGGAGGAAGGAUUUUUGGGAUGCUAAUAUUCAUUACACACACAAACUGUUAAGUCCAUCAUUUAAAUCGAAGCUCUGCCAUGAACCUGAUGGACUCAUCUUUCAGCCAGAAUCAGAUCCAUAUGUUCCUGGAAAAUGUGAUCUGGCUCUGAAGUGGAAACCUGCAAGUCAUAACUCCGUUGAUUUUAGAUUAAAAGUUGUGAAGAAAAGUGGUGUAGGAAUGCUCACAAAAAAUGUAGGAGAGCUGUACGUCGGUGGAUUUGACCCGCCAUUUGCUGAGAUGAAGUUUACUAAACUACUUAAAGAUUAUCACAACAAGAUAAUAGAAUGUAAAUUUGAAAAAGGCCAGUGGUUAUUCAUGCGAGAACGCACUGACAAGUCUUUCCCUAAUAGUUACAAUACAGCGCUUGCGGUCUGCAACAGCAUUAAGAACCCUGUCACCGAAGAAAUUCUCCUGAAGUUCAUCAAUGAUCAGGGUUACAAAAAACCAGACAGAGAUUUGAUGCCCCCACCACCCGCAAAAAAACCAAGAACAUAAGUACACGUUCAACUUUGUGACUUCUAACAGAUUCCUAUUUUGAGUAAAAAAUUUUACAUUUAGGUAGUAUAUGAGGGAUAACAGGCAAGAUAUUGUUUAUAUAAAUCAAAUGUCAAUACUUUAUAGGAAAGGCUAUUAGACAUUUGAAUAAAAUAGUAAUGGCUGCAAUAUAUUUUUGCCUUGUUUGGUUAAAAGGGUCUUCAGAAAAUGGCUGGAAUUUAUUAAGUUUAAUUUUAUUGGUAGCUUUUAAAUGUCUGUGUUGUAAAGCUUAAAUUUAAUGAAGAUUUUACCAAUAAGCAUUAACCUUCCCUAGAAAUUUCCUUUAAUUAUACAGCAAAUUUAUGAAAGCAUAUUAAAACUAAUUUUAAAUUUUUUUAUUCUUUAUGACUGGUGACCUCUAAAACUGUUGUUAAAUACUGUACAAGAAUCAAAGCAUUUUUUACAAUAUAUCUGCUGAGCAUAUUGUUCAUCUGUAAACCAAGAAUCUGAAUUUAUUAUCCUCAUUAUUAUAUUCAAAAACAUGCAGUAAAUCCAUAUGUUAUUCCCUCUUAGAAAUUUAGUGGUGGCCACGAUAACAUUAUCAAAAUGUGCCUUUCCCAUAUAUGUACUUUGUUCUUUUAUGUCCUCUGAGUAAUCCUUCAUAUGUUUCCCUCCUGAAUGUUAAAUGGCUUCUCAUUAGAAAUGUCCUUUUUGCUCUUUUUACGACAAAUUUCUGCCAUUCCAAAUAUCACCUGUAACUAUUGCUAAAGUUUUUCCUUUUUUUACUACUAGUAAUGCCCAACAGGUUCAGAAGAGGAAAAUUGAACAAAUUUAAAGCUGUGGCCUUGUUUGUAUAACAUUAGACGUAUUGACAAAGAGUCAGGGUAUAUAUUUUCUACCUUGUUAAACAUCUUAAUGGUCUCAAAGAUUGGCCCAGUAGGUAAAUAUAUGAACAUGAUUACUUUGUGUUAUAUUUAUUUAAAAUAAAAGGCAAAAGGUUU